AUGUGCAGGCAAGGCAGUGGGUGGGUGGCACCUCCUCCGGAGGCACUUCACAUGAAGAUGGCAGAGCAACAGUACCCAGAGCAGUGCGAAAUGUCAGUGACGCUUCUGUUGCAGGCCAUACCAAAGCAGCUAGAGCAAAGCAACAUCGAGGCAAAGUCCUUGCAGGAUCUAAGAAGCAGACUGGACCGGCUUGAGGGAAGUGUCUCCAUGCAAUCAAGCAAAGCGCAGAAGGAGGAGGAAGUUCGCAAGAAGCUAGUAGAGAGAUUGGAAAAUCUUGAGGUCUCCAGCACCCGAGCGAUGCUCCAGCCGCGCUUGGACGGAUUCGAGGCUGCCACCCUGAGGAUGUCAAAGGAAGUGCACAGCUUGCAGUCCAGGCUGGAACGCCUCGACCAGGACUUUGCCCGGCACUUCGCCCGGCUCGAGGACUUGGAACAAGAGCGCCGGGAAGGACAGAUGUUGGAGGAAGUCCUACAAGACAAGGUGGGUCGCAUCGAACGCCUGGAGGCUGCAGUGAAAGGAGAUGCACGAAGCAUAUCAUCUGUGAGAGAUGAAAUUGCAAGACUUGGAUCUACGGAAGAUGGCAAGCAGGAGCGACUCCGGCACCUGGAAACUCAGCUAGCAGCUUUGGAGCGCUGGAGGAAAGACGAUGCUCAAGUUCGUUUGACCCGCUGUGACCAGCAGAUCCAGACUUUCACGCAGCUUGCGGAGGAGUCGGCUCAGAGCCCUCUGAUCUCCGAGGUCACAGGCCGUGUGGAGCAACUGCAUGAACUGAUCCUGCAGACCCAGGCAGCCAAGGUUGACAGUGAGGAGUUGAAGGAACUCAAAGUGGAGCUGGGCCGUGUGUCUGCCUUAGCUGAAAGGAGUGCUGAGAAGAGUGAAGUCACUGAAGUGUCCCGCUGUUUGCAGAACAGCAUUGCGUCUGCUCAGGAGUCCAUGUCCUCCAUUAAGGAAGAGCUGUUACAGGCGCUGUUUUUGGCUCCCGAAUAUCGGCUGCGAUGUUUUCCGGCACCGGUCCAAAACAAUCAGGGUUUGGCACUGUUCAGCGUCUUGCAGGUGAGAAAGGAUGGGGAUGGGGCAAUGUCACAACCUUACAAGCUGACUGGAUGUCAUAAGCAGGGCAUCGACAUCGAACACGUUCAUCGAGAGAAGAAGGAGAAAACGCCCAUCGUCACAGGCUAUUCUUACUGUCGCCAGUGUGUCCUGGAUUGGUUCCGGUCGCAUGAGCGAUCCAACUCAGACAUCACAUCUCCCAUCACCGGGGAACCUUUGAGUGUGUUGUUACUUCCGAAUCUGAAUCUGCGGGAAGUCAUCGUCUCAGUGCAACAUGCGAUUCCAGCCUGGGAUGAGGCAGAGCGGGAGCGUGUGUCGCUUCGCCAAAAGAUUCAGAGGUUGCUUGGCAACCUGGCAAGAAGAGAGACAAACUAG